CAGGCGGACGGCGGCACUGAGACAGUGAGCAGCAGCAAGCAGUCACUCGACAGUCGGCAGUCAGUGCAUGACGCGCGUAGAGCGUGGUUGGUCGGGCACGACCGCGGCACUAUGUCGCGCCACCCCGCGUUGUUUGUGCUUCUAGUGCUUGUAGCUGUCACCUGCGCCUACCCCGUCUACACCGAAUUACGCCCGAACAUGUGCAAACGUUCCUUCUGCGAAUGCACGCCGGAGAAACAUCCCAGUUGGAUCACCAUCAACUGUACAGUGCCACAUGAUCAGAAAGUGAGCAUCUACGAGGGUGACCUACCAGAUACAAUGACCAGCUUGGUGAUCAGCGGAGCGGAAGGAGUCGUAAUCAACACAAACUCUUUGACCCGAUUGAGCGACGCAAGAUACAUCAGAAUCACCAAUACGAAGACUGUCGUGGUGAAGAAGUUCGCUGCGAUGGAAAUGAAUAUUGUCAAUCUCUUUCUUGACAUAAGCGAAUGUGACUCGUUGACAAUCGAAAAGCGGAGCUUCGUCGAUAUAAAAGGUCCGCUGUCUGUGGCGAUUGAGGAGUGCCAGCAGGUUUCCAUCGACACAGAAGCGUUUUCCUGGCUUCUAUCAAUAACCAUUGUCAACGUAACCCAGCUAAGACUUCACGAGGGCACGUUCGUAUUGGAUCCAUCUGCAUCCAACGUUGGCGAACACGGCCCUGGAAUGACGAUCAAAAUGAAGAAUUUAGAGGUUCCUGAGUUUUCUCGCCAAACUUUUGGCUCUUCAGCUGCUUUGAUAUCCAUGGAGCGUGUUAAUGUGGGAACUGUUCGACCCGACGCUUUCUCUGCGAAUACUUACAACAUAGUAAUGGCAAUGAACUGCUCGUUUCAUCUCGUUGAAAGAGACUCUUUUACUCAAAAUUCUCUCAUCAACAGUCUGAGCUUUAAUAGCUGCAAAAUCCACCAUUUGAAAAGUGGAGCGUUGAGAUCUGGCAUCAGCAAAUUAAAAAUAUUGUUUACAAGGAUCAACAGAGUCGACACAGGUGCUAUAAAUGCAACUAUAGCAUCAAUUGAAAUAUCCAACUGUUCCUUUCACUUGUUUAAGGAACGAGGUUUCGAAUUAUCAUCUUGGAACCAAUUGCAUAUGAUAGGUAAUUCAUUUGACGAGUUAUCACCAUAUGCCAUCUCUGGUCCCAGUGGAAGUGUUCAUGAAGUAAUAUUCCAAGAAAAUGAAAUAGAAGAUUUAAAAGAAGGAGGACUGGAUAUUCUUGGCAAAGCAUAUAUCAAAUAUGGAAGUUUAAUAAUUUAUAAGAAAAACUUUUACGGUCAACCCUGUUAUUGUAACAUGUCUAGGUAUAUUGAGAAUGGUUUGAGCAUCAACGAUUCGGAACCAUUUGAAAAUGAAACAUAUUGCACCAUAAAUUUAUUCUUUGCUAGGUGCUUUAAUAUUUACGAUCAAAAUAUGUCAUUUGGCAAAUUUUCUCAUAAUGUUUGUAGCAAGUCAAAUGUAGUCGAAUGUAAAUCGUUUCGAUCUGUGGCUGGGAGUGCCGAUCCUGAAAUAAAAAAUCCAAGAUUCCCGCAUAAAAAAGAUGACUAUGACGAACCGGGUUUAAGCGUCCGCAACAAGAAAGUCAUAGCAAUUGUUAUCAUAACAGUUUUCGGUUGUAUUUUAAUAGCUAUGCUUAUAAGCUUAAUAAAAUUGCUGCGACAAACUGGAUGCUGCCUUAACUUCAAAGAAAUUUUUCGUGCUCCUUGUGGUAUUUGCCGUAGACUGUGCGUUUGCAACGACGGUGGUAUAGAUAACGCUGUAUCCAUUUCACAACUUUCUGUGCAUGAAUAUUCAGAACGACAUCGUUUAAAUGAACCAAGGAUUCAAGAGGUGGCACAAGAAGUGACACAAGAAGCGACACAAGAAGCGACGCAACAAGCGACACAAGAGACUGCCUUGAAUAGUCCCAUUAAGACCCAAGAAAUUGUACUAUAUGAUAAUAAAACUAUUCAAACAAUGCCUGAAGAGCUAACUAAGGAAUUAUUGGAUAAUUUAAAAGAAAGGUUGGACGAUCCUGAAAAUUAUGUCGAGGCACGAGAAAUGAUUGAACAUCUUUACGAACUUAUCAAAGUUGAAGAAAACUCCAUCGCCAGCGGCCCGAAAAUAGUUAAAAUUGAAGAAAAUAUUUAUGAGCUACCUUUUCAAGAUUCAUCGCCGCGGAUGGGGAGGAACAAUAAACUAAUGAUAAGUGUAGGAACUCGAACACCAUCACUCGAUAAACUAACACCACUAUCACCAUAUAAUAGGCACCCUGCUCUCCUUCACGAAUAUUUUGAUCCAAAAGAUAUCGCCGUGCAUUUGUAUGCUGAAAUUGUGAACAAUGACAAAGACAAAAAAGCGGUUCUUAGCUCAAUGCCUGAUGUUAUUGCUGAGCAAGCCAUUCCUCGAGGGCCAUACCUACGGGCUGUUCAUGAAAAGAUGUCUUCAAGCGCUCCUGUCUCGCCGCAAAAGUUUUUGAAUAACCCGCUGAAGACAUCAACCAUCAAGUCGAAUAAAUCAACGUCCUCAAACAGCUCCGGCAAAAUGAUAAAUAGGCCACUGCCAGAAAGACCAGUAGCUGUCACAAUUGACCCUGGUGAAGGAACGUCUUUUCGAAGUGGAUGAGUGCACGACCCUAGUCGGAUUGGAUCAAACAAAAACGGCAAACAACAUCAGCGUCCAACUCGAAAACGUCUUUAUCUCGUUCCAGAAACUGAUGACAAGGAUUUUUAUUGGUCUCUCGAUCCCUGCGUGACAGUGUAAAUUGUUUGCGUCAGCACUAGAAAUGUCGAGGUUAAUUUGCUUAAGCGUUUAAUUGCUGUGAUAUUAUUGUUUUUAAAAUAUUUUUCCAUACGAAUAAUUUCAAAACUUCUGAAUUAUUUGUAUGUGUGUAAAUAGUCAUUAUAAUAUUUUAUAUUGUGUUACUGAGAUGUAAUUAGUUAAUACUUUUAAGUUAUAUAUCUGAUCAAGUCGUGCCACAUAAGUUCUGCAAUAUAUAUCAACCUCUUCGCUUUAAUUGGUAUAUAAAUUAUUAAUAAUAAUAAUAUAGAAUAGUAAUUAAUAAAUGUACAUUACAAAUUGAAGCCGCUCGGCGCACAAAAUAUAAUUAGUGUUAAUAAAAAUGUAGAUUAAUGACUAAUUAGUAGUUACCUUUAAUAUUAUAAUCAAAAAUUAUAUAUUAUGUAAAUAAUAUAGAUGAUGAGCAUUUAGAUAAUUCUAAUAAGCCAAGACAGGAAAAACGGAUGGUGUAAGGGAUACAUAUAACUUUAUUUUUUAUUGUACUUCGUAAAUUUCCUAAUAUAUUCUAAUAUUAUUCUUUCGUCUUCAGGGUUAGUGAGAAAUAUAAUAAAUUUAUUAUUUUUUUACUGUUCUUAAAAAAGUAUUAAUAUUUGUAUACGGUAUUAAAACUAUGUCUCUAUCAGACCUUACCAAUCUCGUUUGACUUAGCCAUUGUCACAAUAAGAGAGUUAAUCUAUUUAAUAUAAGAAAAUUAAUAUUGUAAUAUUUUAUCAUAAUGAUAUGUAUUAACGAUAUUGUAAACAGAAACUGAAUAGUUUCUUUAAAAUAUUAUUACUCUCGAGUAUAUAUAUUAUUGUAUUGGCUGUUGGAUGUAUGUAAUAAUAAUUGUUCCUGAUACUGCCUGUAAGGCAGAUCGAAUUAGAAUAGGACUGCUAUGGACGUUGGAUGUCACUGAAUGCUGAUAUAUAAGUCGAACGCACGUGCAGAGAACGCAUCAACUGCAGCGCAAUGCAAUUUGAAUGUACCUGCGUAUUAGUUUCAUUCACAACUCAUGACCCGUACCGAGGUCUAUUAUAAUAUAAUAUAUAGCUGUUUAAAUGUUUAUCAAAUACUCGUAGACGCAUAAGCAACAGUAGACAACUAUUUACUAUAAAUUGCAUUUAAAUGUUUAUCCUCUAAUAGUAAUUAUUAUUAUGAGUAGUGUUACGGUCGAAAGUAACGGAUAUUUGAAGGCGGUGUAGUGUGGUUUGCGUUUCUGUAAGCAAUUAAGAAUCUCGAUGUAUUGAUGUUUCCAUAUUAUUACUAAUGUGACUUUUAGCAAAUUAUGUGGACUGGUCUGAAGGAAUGAAGAUGUAAGAGGGGUGUAGUGUGGUUUGCGCUUCCGUAAUCAACUGAGAAUCUCAAUGUAUUGAUGUGUCCAUAGUAUUACAAAUAUAUUAAAUUUAAACUUGUAGCAAAUUAUCUAUACUAUGAGAAGUAUUAGAGAUUUGAAAUGGCUGUAGUGUGGUUUGCGUUUCUGAAAGCAAUCAAGAAUCGUAAUAUAAAUGUUUCCAUAUUAUUAUUAAAACUUGUAGCAAAUUAUGUAUAGGGUCCGAAGUAAUGGGAUGUGAUAGGGUUGUAGUGUGGUUUGCGUUUCGAAGAGCAAUUAAAAAUCUAAGCGUAUUAAUGUUUCCAUAUUAUUACAAAUAUAUUAAAUUUAAACUUGUAACAAAUGUAUCUAUGCGGUCCGAAGUAUUGGAGAUGUGAAGGUUCUGUAGUGUGGUUUGCGUUUCCGAAAUCAAUUAAAAAUCGCAAUGUAUUGAUGUUUCCAUAUUAUUAUUACAAAUAUAUUAAAUUAAAACUUGUAGCAGAUUAUGUGUCUAAAUGUUAUCGAAAUAAAUGUUGAAUGUGA